CGAAAGAGGAAGUUUAAGUUUAAAUUCUUUAAAAUGAACUGACAAAAAAACACUAAAAGUUCAGAACCCAAUAGAAAAUUUUAGAAAUUGUAGGUUGCCUGACUUUUGGCCAGAUCUCGGAAUUCUACAACCACCUUUGCGAUGGCCAAACGCGACAUCCUUCCAAUCUUCCCCUCGCGAGCCAACUCUGUGCUCAUGAAGCAUCGCGUGCUGGCCGGAAAGCGAGGUGUUAACCUUCUGAAGCGAAAACGCGACGCCAUCGACAUGAAGCUGCGGGAUUUGAAGAAAAACUUUGCCGACAUGGACGAGAUGGCGGAUGACAGCCUUCGGGAGGCGAUAUUCUCGAUGGCAAAGGCCAAUCUCCUGGGCACCGACUUCAAGCCACAGAUGGUGGGCUCCAGCCGGACAGCAACAACAUUCCUCCGUAAAACUCAAAUGAAAAUCGUGGGCGUGACAAUAAACGUUCUCGAACUGGAGACAAAGGGUGUAGGAGCAUUUCCCCUGGCAGGACUCAGCUGCGGUGGUAUUCAGGUUAACCGGAUUCGUGAAGCCUAUUUGGAAGCUCUGAAGAGCUUGACCGAAGUGGCCUCCUUGGAAUACCAGAUUCACAUGCUGGAGGCCGCCUCCCGUCAGACCAAUAUGAGAGUUAAUGCCCUGGAGCAUGUGGUGAUACCCAUCCUUCAGAACACCUACAAUUAUAUCCAAGGCGAGUUGGAGGAGUUUGAGCGAGAGGACUUCUACCGACUGAAAAGAUCACAGGCCAAGCAGCUGGAGGCCAAGAUGGCCUUCACCGAACUGAUCAAAACCAAAAACAUGACCGACGAGGAACUGGAAGUCUACAUGAGAAAGGGCACGGCCCAGCAUCCGGUGGCGGACUACGCCUUCGACGACAACGAGUUCCAGGAGGAGGAGGUGAAACGGCGUAUACGCACUGCCCGUAGAACAGCCCGGGAGCGUCGAGAAGCGGAUCGCAUGGAGGCGGAGGGCCGGGGAGAGGCUCCAAAGCCGACAUCCUUUAUAACCACCCGGAGUCUUAUUGACAUUGUGGGCCGGAAGCGGGAUCCGAGGGUUAGCAGCGGAGAUCUCUAUAGUACCAAGCGGAUGCUCCACGCGAGCCUAUCCAGCUUUACGAUCGAAAAGCAGGCCGGUAAGAAGGUUCUAGAAGAAAAGAAAGAAGAAAAAAAAUGAAUCUCAAGAGGCAGCAGAGCGAAGAAUUCAGCGCCAAAUCAAAGUAGAAAAGAUGUUUUACUUUUUUGAACGUUUUUAUUAAAUUCUAGUGACUACUC